AUGCUUACCAGCAGUCUCAGGAGUCAUUGGCUCAAUGAUAGCUUUGCCGCCAAUGGCGAUGGAUUGGUUGUUGCAACCACCCAGGCUCUCAAGCGGAAGAGGCAUACUCCUUAUGAUGACAUCUGCCUCCCUGUAGCCAUGGUGGAGGUGAUGGAUGACUCAAUCAUGAUUGCAGGUUCUUUCCCUGUUUUCCACUGUUCCACGAGAAUGCUGGAGACAGUCCAAAGUGCAUAUGGCAGUGAAACAAACUGGGACAAAUCUGCUGUGUUUCUGCAUAAUGUACCAAAUCCACCUACAGUCAUAUACCUCCCCUCUGUUGAGCCAGCUAACCCUUCUGUAGUGACCACACAUCCUGUCAAUGUAUAUUCCUCUCACAUAGAGCUUAUGCGGGUCUCAAUGAAUGACCCCGAACUACAAUUUCAAAAACUGACAGAUCUUAUUUCAGGCUUUCAAUUCCCUACUUUACACCUUCAUCUGCCGUUUACUGCCUUACAGCACAUCCUAUCCCAAUGCCUCAUUGCAAGAAUUCGUCCAAGGCUUGCGUUUCACCCAAUUUCACAAGACGCGGCCCACCGCCUUGACUGCUUGAUUGCCCAGAAGGUUUAUGACUAUCUCAGAUUCCCCUUCCAGUUUAACUCUGCCCUUCUCUCUCUUCCACUCUCAGACUUUGGUUUUGGAUUUCCUUCAAUAUCUCACCUGAAUGACAUGGCAGCCAUUAACGGCCUUUUUCGGGACCUCAAUCAUCAUCUCUCCAUGUUCCAUAACAUGGCAUUAAUAACUCUUGCUGACUGGACCUGUGCCCUUAACGACUGUCAAUUUCCACUUCAUGGCAAGUCUUUAUCCUCACUCACCUCUCGUCGCCACCCUUGCCUCCCUUUCCCCUGGCUAGUUGCUCAAAGUGCCCUCUCACAUCUGAACAUAUCCAUCCAUGACACUGACUUAUCAUAUCUCUUCCAUGGCGACAUAUCACUAGUACAUCUCAAUAAACUUCUCCCUCACACUAAAACUGUCCCUCAUCACCAUCUGACUAAUCUGGCCAACGCCGACAUCACAACACUUCGACAGCUCGCAUCAUUUCCUUCACCUUCAUCUCUCUCCAUCACCUCACCACCUUGUAAUCCCCUAAUACCUCUUCAAACUGUCUUAUACAAUCAUACAUUCAAUGAUGAUACAGAGGACCGUCUGAGUGUUGGUGGAGUUUUGGAGAACUCCAGUGCAACUGGUUCUGAUCUGUCGAUGCUCGCACUGCCACACUGCAUGAGAAAAGAAAUGGCAGAAGAAGUUCUCCAUGCGUGCUUGUAUACCUCCCCCCAUGAUUCAUUUGCUUCACCAUCUCUGCCUGGGUCCUGGGCCACAGAUGGCUCCAUGAUACCAGUGACACCAGGUUUCCAAGAGCCACGUUCAGUCACUUUUUCAGCCAUUUCCGGUCAGGGCAGUGUUGCCUUCUCCCUUGAUCUCUUCCGAACAUCAGCCAACAUUGGUCUUGGGGAAACGUAUGGACUUGUUGCCACAAACAUCUAUGGUAGCAAUAGCCAUCUUCACUCACCACAGAACUCUCAUGACAUCUACAUCGACCAUCUCAAUAGUGAAAGAAUUAUUGCGUCCGCUCGGUGCCCGUCUUUUCAACACUAUCAAUGGUCUUCUUUACCUGGACGCUCCCUCUAUCGAUGGUUACUGUACAAUAUCACUCACCCUAUCAAUAACACCUCCAUACCCACAAUUAAAUAUACACCGGCUCACACCGACUCUACCACUCCUCCCUCCCUCCUAAACAACGCCGCUGAUCUCCUUGCAACAACAUCUCAAAACCUUACGUUACGACCUUUUCCUGCUCCUGUACCUACCUUCUUUAUGGAUCACUUUGUUAUAUACAGUGAAACCGACAGCUACAUCGAAUCCAAUGUCUCAAAAUAUCUGUCCAAUGUGCAUGCUUCCCUUACCAUAAUGCAGCCCGACUUCCGACCUGCCUUGACAAUGAUGAUGCCAUUAUAUCGACCAUGUGCCCCUCCUGAACACCCUUAUAUCUGCGCGUCCUCUGCGUUCUCUGCUGUCAUUCAGUUAUAUGCACGAUCAAGUCAGCUGGAUUGUUGUUACACCAGAUUUCUACGUUUCGGUGACAUCUCCCCUACGUGCACUUCUGGCUGUCCUGAAAUCGAGACCAUCCAUCAUAUUUUUGUUACAUGCCCUGAGUAUGAUGCCAUUUGUGAUGAAGUGGCUCAGCAGUUACACGCUAAGACAUCUAAACUUUUACAUGUGGCUGAUACUCCCUUGUCGCAAUGCAUUCCUCUUCUCGAGUUGGCUCGAAACCUCUUCAAAGAUGGUCCUCACUGGCCACAUCACUCUGCACAGUUUUACCUGGGGCUUUUGCCACCCUUUCCCCAUGAAAUCCUUGACGGGCCGUCCCCUAUGACACACUCCCAAACGCACAUCAGGAUUGCACACACCUAG